CUCGCACCGGCCACGCUUCUGCUUCCUGCCUGUUCGAGCCAUCUUCGACCUCUGCCCACUGCACCACCAUCAUCAUCUUCACUGACCUCGCCCACUGACCUUGACCACCGCUUCACAGCUCAGCAAUUCUCGACACUCGCACCGCCGCACCACCGUCUCAACGCCCACCACUCACCUCGUGCACCACCUGCCCGCUCAGCCUCGCGGCAUCUGACCACGAGACCUCUUCCGCGCGCUCCGAAUACUUCUUCCCUCGAGCGAUUGCGCUGUCAGCGCGGACAUUACCGCCGACUUUCACACCGACACUGUCUUCACCAAAACAACACCCACCCCACCCGCCCACCACGGACUUCAACGGCGCUCCUCCGACCCACAACUACAAUCCGCCGCACUCGCGAUAGCAUUCUAUCGCGCGCUUCAUUCACACCGCCCAGCGCAUUAUGUCACAGAAUCGCCCAUCGGCGUUCCAAAGCUUGAGAAUGGGUGAGGUUAUCCGCGAAAAGGUGCAGGAUGGUUUGACUGGAGAAACAAAGGAGAUGCAGUACACCCAGUGUAAGAUUGUGGGCAAUGGCAGCUUCGGUGUGGUCUUCCAGACCAAGCUCUCUCCCUCGGGUGAAGAUGCGGCCAUCAAGCGAGUCCUGCAGGACAAGCGGUUCAAGAACCGAGAGCUCCAAAUCAUGCGCAUCGUCCGCCAUCCCAACAUCGUCGAACUCAAGGCGUUCUAUUACUCCAACGGAGACAGGAAAGAUGAGGUCUACCUGAAUCUGGUCCUCGAAUUCGUCCCCGAGACUGUCUACCGCGCCUCGAGGCACUUCAAUAAACUCAAGACCACCAUGCCCAUCCUCGAAGUCAAGCUGUACAUCUACCAGCUCUUCCGCUCUCUCGCCUACAUUCACUCUCAGGGCAUCUGCCAUCGAGAUAUCAAGCCGCAGAACCUUCUCUUGGAUCCAUCCUCGGGUAUCCUCAAGCUGUGCGAUUUUGGCAGCGCAAAGAUUUUGGUGGAGAACGAGCCCAAUGUUUCCUACAUCUGCUCCAGAUACUACCGCGCGCCGGAACUCAUCUUUGGUGCUACUAACUAUACCACCAAGAUCGAUGUCUGGUCCACCGGGUGCGUCAUGGCGGAGCUGAUGCUCGGACAACCGCUAUUCCCAGGCGAGUCUGGCAUUGACCAGCUGGUGGAGAUAAUCAAGGUUCUUGGCACGCCGACGCGUGACCAGAUCCGCACCAUGAACCCGAAUUACAUGGAACACAAGUUUCCGCAAAUCAAGCCGCAUCCAUUCAGCAAGGUGUUCCGUAAGGCCGACCCAAAUGCGAUCGACUUGAUCUCACGGCUGCUUGAGUACACGCCGACGCAGCGCCUGUCGGCUGUCGAUGCCAUGGUUCAUCCAUUCUUUGAUGAAUUGCGGGAUCCCAACACGAGACUCCCCGACUCUCGUCACUCUACCGGAAGCAGCAAGGACCUUCCCGUCUUGUUCGACUUCUCUCAUCAUGAACUCUCCAUUGCUCCCCACCUCAACCAUCAAUUGGUCCCAGCUCACAUCAAACCCGUCCUCGCCUCUCAGGGUCUCGACAUCGACAACUUGACACCAUUGAGCAAGGAUCAAAUGAUGGCUCGCUUGGAUUGAGAAUGUGCAUGCGUCAACAGCAACACACAAAAUCAAGACCGAAAAUCUCGAUCGCUCACGAGAACGAACCCACACGACACAUCACCAAUUCUCAGAUAAUGAAGUCACGCAGCGAUGCAUUGUAAAAGUGGUCUCCCAGACGGUGUUUCCGGGACCCGGCGUCUCGGCGUUUGGAUGGAGGAGAAGGGACGAAAGGACGAAAGGAGAGGAUGAAAGAGGAAGAACGCAGAGUGACAAGACGAGAAGAAAAGAGA